AUGGUUGUUGCUAAGAAGAAAGAGGAAGAGCCUGAGCCUUACGAGCUUAGCGGAAGCUCGGUAGAGCUGACCUUACUCGAUCAUCAUGUGGUCGAGGUCCUUGUCGUUGGUGACGGAGAUGAGGGCGUCGAGAUCUUUGUCGGAGAGCUGGUAAGUAGACGACGUCGUUCGGGGUGUCGCAGAGGGAGAAGAGCUUGGAGGCGAAAGCGGAGAGCUUGA